AUGGAUAAGUUGAGAGUUAGCGUGUUGUUAUGUUUUGCACUUGUUUUUCUUGGUAGUUGCAUAGGAUUUGCAGAAGCAGGAAGGCGUGGACUUUUAGUCCCACACAAACCUGACCAUGAAGACGCUGUUGCUACUGCUCGAUGGUUGAUCUCUCAGAACAACUGGGGCGUUUUAAGUACCAUUUCGAUUGACCUUGGAGGAGCUCCAUUCGGGAAGGUUGUCUUAUUUAGUGAUGGAUUACUUGAUAAGGGCCAUGGCAUCCCAUAUUUUUAUAAGUCAAGCCUUGAUCCUACUCCGAGAAAUGCAAUGAAAGAUGCGAGAUCUUCAUUCGCAGUUAGCGAAUUCCCUAUUGGAACUUGUGGGAAGAAGGAUCCUGAAAAUCCAACUUGUGCUAAGCUUACUCUUACAGGAAAGUUAAAGCUAGUGGAUAUUAACUCAAAAGAAGCUAGCGUUGCUAAAGAAGUCUUAUUUGCAACACACCCAGAAAUGAAAUACUGGCCUAAGGAUCACAACUUCCAGAUAUUUAAGUUGGAAAUUGAGGAUAUAUUUCUGGUCAACUGGUUCGGUGGUGCCAAGCCUAUCACUGUUGCUCAGUACCUUCGACCAAGAAUAAGCCAACUUGCUUCUGUGAUGUGAAUAUCCAUCUCGACUUCCAUCUGUCGAGCGAGAUUGAUGCGAAAAAUACCUACGUUGUUCAUAUUGUUGAAUCAGAUUCUUACUCGCAGAAUGUGGGCCUCUCUAAUAUUUGUCCCUAUUUUCCUUUAUCUUUAUCUGUGUUUUGUGCAACCGACAGUUGAUUCUGCUCUGUGACUGUUUAUUUCGACUUGUAUUCAUCUCUGUUUUUGUUGUAUACUAUUUGUGUGUCAACGUACAUGACAUAAAAAAUUGUAACUAUUACAUCGAAAAAACUCUUCGAAUACAUUUAUCUUAAAUCGAAAAAACUCUUCGAAUA